CACUGCGACUGCACGGCUGAAUGUUACCAUGGCAAUGGCGCUCCUGCCUGGCCUGGGAAACUUUGGGAUCUGUUGGGGCAUCAUUGCCCAGAUCCAAGCGGCGGCGGCAUCGUCCGAUACGACCAGGAUUCACAUGGUGACCUUUACUUCGGAUGAGCGCUAUGCGGAGCGCUUCAAGGCAUCCUUGACAGCUAAGGAGCGCUAUGCGGAGUUCUGGGGCUACACCUGGGAGGUGUUCACCGAUAAUUCCAUUGAUUGUGACAAGUUUCGAGCCUUCAGAUGGCGAGGAGAUUUCCGGUACUGCAAGCUCGAGGCGCUAAAGACCAUUUGGCGGCGAGUGAAGCGGCUUCAGAAGACGGCUCCUGAUCCUGCAAUCCGCGACUACAUCUUUUGGCAUGAUGUUGACACCCACAUCAUGCGCCCGGAGUUGCCUUUGACCUCCUUCCUGGCCAAGGCAAAGUAUGCGCCCGUUGUCUUCACAGACAACGCGCUGUCCUUGAACAAUGGUGUCUUUUUCCUGCAGGUUGACGAGGGCAUCGGCAAAGCUUUCUACAGCGCCUGGCGCAAGGGUUGUCGUACGGGCGAGUGGCCCUGGGCCGACAACGGCUGCAUGUACGAAGUCUUGCUGCAACACCUGGGCAAAGACCGCUACCAGGGGGCUUGCAGUAGGUUUCGGCAAGAGUUCGAUGAGACUCGGCCGGAGCCGCCUACUGGUGAGCAGCUGAUGAGUUGCUUCAACUCCCAGAUGGAUGCCAUGGGCAUGGGCUGCUGUGAUCGCCAGGUGGAAGGUUUUGCCUUCCUCACCGGGACGGAGGAUGCAUUCAAUCACCAUCCUUGCCAAGAGCUGGAGCGGAGGAAGGAGCUGCAGGAGUUCGACCGCGAGCUCAUUCGCGCCCACUGCUUCAAAGAAGGCAUGUUUAUGGCACACUCAAAGGAUACCACUUACGGCGAAGAGUCGCUGAAAAGAGCAGCCUUGCUUAGCCGUCAGGAGCUGUAAGCAUCCCAGCUCAGACCUUCCCGUCAUUCCGCGC